UUUCUCCCUUUUACUUUUAUCAUUAUCCUCGCCAUUAUUCCAUCCGAUCCCAACUAACCGGAACUUUCACUUUCUCCCUCUAAAGCCUCCUUUCUCUCCCCUUUUCUUCACCUGCACCCUCGUCCUCCUCCCCGUCAGCCGGAUUCUGGGCUAGGAUCGAAUUUCCGGGCAAAUGAUGAUACAGGGAUUGGUAUGAUAAGCAGAUGGCAAUUGGGUUUCCGGUCAUGACUCGUUUCGCUAAUCCGUCAUCGGCAUCGAGCUCUUUCGAUCUCGAUGUUGCGCUAGAUUUUGCAUCUAAAUGUCGAUCCAUGUCGCGCCAGCGAUCGGCAUUCGACCCCUAUUCAAUUGCCUCCGAGACCCUCUCCGCUCGUCCUUUCGGAGUUCUUUGAUAUGUUCUUCGAAACACCGCCUUUUUCCCUUCUUCUUCCCCAUUUCUUCUUAGCUCUUCGGUGAUUGACCACGAUGAAUUCCGGGUCUGGGUUCGGUAACAAUGGCUUGCUUGACGCAGCGGAAACUCUUCAUUCUGAUGCUGAUUAUGUAGAGAAAGACCCACGCGGUCGAUACGUCCGGUACAAUGAAAUCUUGGGCAAGGGUGCAUUCAAGACUGUCUAUAAGGCAUUUGAUGAAAUUAAUGGAAUAGAAGUUGCUUGGAACCGAGUUAGGAUUAAUGAUGUAUUGAGGGCUCCCGAAGAUUUGGAGAAAUUGUAUUCCGAGGUUCAUCUUCUCAAAGCCUUGAAGCAUGACAAUAUCAUCAAGUUCCACGAGGCAUGGAUUGAUGACAAGAAGAAGACAAUCAACAUGAUCACCGAACUCUUCACAUCUGGGAGUCUCAGGCAAUAUCGGGCAAAGCAUAAAAGUGUCGAUAUGAAGGCCAUAAAGAAUUGGGCAAGGCAAAUUCUCCUAGGUGUUGACUAUCUUCAUUGUCAUAAUCCCCCAAUUAUCCACAGGGACUUAAAAUGUGACAAUAUUUUUGUCAAUGGAAACCAUGGAGAGAUUAAAAUUGGAGACCUUGGAUUGGCAACCAUUAUGCAGCAGCCUACUGCUAAGAGUGUUAUUGGAACUCCGGAAUUUAUGGCUCCAGAGCUGUAUGAGGAGGAGUACAAUGAACUAGUGGAUAUAUAUUCAUUUGGCAUGUGCUUGCUGGAAAUGGUAACUCUUGAGUAUCCUUACAACGAAUGCAAGAAUGCAGCUCAAAUUUACAAGAAGGUUACCUCUGGGAUUAAGCCUGCUUCCCUUGGCAAGGUCAAUGAUCCCCACGUUAAGAACUUUAUUGAGAAAUGUCUGCUUCCAGCGUCUCAAAGGUUGCCUGCCAAAGAACUCCUUAAAGAUCCAUUUCUUCAGACAGAGACAAAAAGGGAGCCCACUCGUGAACCAUUAAAAUUACCAAAGCAACUUCCCCAGCCACUAAGUUUGUUGAACUCCGGGCCUCAUUCCAUGGAUAUUGAUUCUGACUAUAACCACCAAUCUGGUUGUACGGACUCCAACUGCAGUAGUUCAAAUUAUCCAGCAGUAGAACUUAAGAAGAUGCAUAAUAACAAUGAAUUUAGGUUGAGGGGGAUCAAAAAUGAUGACAACUCGGUAUCAUUAACUUUGCGAAUUUCCGACUUGAGUGCUAGGGUAAGGAACAUACACUUCCUGUUUUACCUUGAUACGGACACUGCACUCUCGGUUGCAGGCGAGAUGGUUGAACAACUAGAGUUAGCAGAUCAUGAUGUUUUGUUCAUUGCUCAGUUCAUCGACUACCUAAUAGUGAGAAUUCUGCCUAGUUGGAAACCUUCAUCAGAUAACACGUUGGUUGGAAUGAGAAAUCCAUCUGUAGGGUCUCCAACACUUUCCAAUGAGCUAACCCCAAUGGGAGACCCAUGGGAUAUGAUGCAGUAUCAUCCAACCCACUCAACCACAGAGCAAGAUGUCGUCUCCAAGUUGAAUGCCAAUACUCAGCAAGGCCUUGUUCAAGCCGAUAAAGGUAGCUCACACAAUAAUUCCGACUGCUCUAGUCCUCGCAUUGAUCUUUGCAGUUCUCUGAGUUCGGCAUACUUAGAAGAUAAUGAGUCACAAGCAUCAGCGGCUUCUGAGGUGAUGGCUGAAGAUGCUUUUGUGAAGAAUCAUAAAAUGGGUGGAUCUAUUUACUGUGGAAUAUACGGGAGCUCAAAAGAUUCAUUAUAUGAAGGCUUUCAAUCUCAAGGAAAUGGGCAGCUGGAUGAAUUCACAAUGGACUCAGAAUUAUCCUCAUUUGUUGAUCUAAGUGAAACUUCUAAAGCUAUGAGCUUUGCAAGCUGCUGUUCUUCUUUGUCCUUACCAGAGAAAGAUCAAGACAGUGAUCUAAAGUUGGAGUUUGAUGCAAUUGAGGCGCACUAUCGACAAUGGUUCCAAGAACUCUCAAGGAUGAAGGAGGAAGCACUCGAGGCCACCAAGAAGAGAUGGAUCAAGAAAAAGAAGCUGGCUUUUCACUGAAGAAGAACAUGUUACUCAUCUUCUGUUUCAUUCAUUCAACUUGGGGUACAGAAUUUUUCUUCUUUCCAUUUUUCUUUUCUCCUGGAACUUCCCUUAAGAUUCAUAUACAUGGGUUUGUAAGUAUCAUCAUAUGGAAACUCAUGUAGUGGUUGUGGCUUCCCUUGUAGAACUCAUAACAACUCCUUUAUGCACUCGCUAGGGCAAAAGAUUGCGACACAGUUCAGGAGUGCAUAUUAUUGUCGGGUUUUCUCAAUCCUUUGCUUCAUGCUAUUGCCUAUUGCCCAUCAUUAUGCUUGACAAUUCUCAGUUUUCUUCACAUUUAUUAUUCAGAAGCUAGAAUAGAUUGUUGAACAGCAAAAGCC